CCUUCGACUCGUCAUGUCUUGCGACUAUUACCAUUGGAUCGAUGUUUUCUCUAACGUCUUCUCACCACAAUGAACCUCCUUUACUAACCAUCCACACUUACUCUAGUGAGGUUUUCUUUCUCCCCUCCACCACGUGUAUAUCACACGUUGCCGGUGGCUAUGCUUUAGAUCCUAACCAAUCUUGCAUCACAUUCUCUAUCGGCUCUGUCACCGUUGCAUCAGCAAAUCCGCUUCCAGGUCUACUGGCGUCGGAAAUUGACAUCAACUGCGCUGAAAGAAAAAGAGAAGGCACCCGUGUUUUAGUUUUAGCAAAUCAUCUAACCUAACUCUUUCCCGUCCCACUAUCAUACCAUAUGCCAUCUUUGGCAAAUGCCUACGAUGAGCAGAUGGAUGCCACUUCUCUGGUACACACUCCCAAGUGCCCCUAGGCAAGUCUAAUUAUCCCCUGCUACCUGCCUAGCUUUUUUUUUUAGUGGACACGGGACACCACCUAGCUAAUCCCCCCAAUCAAGGCACCUAAAGCACACCAAAUUCCGAAAUAAUCCCACACAAAACACCCAAACGAGAAGCAAGGAACCAUCCAAAUGCCAGCCAUCAUCACCUCUCCUCCUGCCCCAAUGGCACAACCACCCUGACACUCGCCGCACCUGACCCAUCGCCGGCGAAGGCAAUGCCCUCCGUCACCGUCAAGCUCUACAGCCUCAUCUUCAAGCUCCUCCUCCGCCGCCGCCUCUCCUCCCUCUCGGUCUCGGACCCCGCGCCCGCCGGCGCCGCCUCCUCCUUCGGCGUCUCCUCUCGCCCCGCCGACCACCACCCCUCGCCCCACUCCAACCCCGCAUUCUCCACCGCCGCCCCCGACGCCGUCGCCACCAAGGACCUCCACCCCGAUCCCCUCUCCUCCCUCCACCUCCGCCUCUUCCUCCCCAACCCCCACCACGCCACGCCCCUAAACAACCCUCCUCCCCCUCCCCUCCGCCGCAACUCCUUCCCCCCGCCCGCCUCCGACGUCGACGGGCAACACCUCCUCUCCCGCCGCGCCAGCGCCAGCUUCCACGGCGUCUCGUCCUCCGCCUCUUCCCAGCCGCACUACGGCGGGUACCUCCCGACGGCGCGGUCGGCCAGGAAGCUGCCGGUGAUCGUGCAGUUCCACGGCGGCGCGUUCGUCACGGGCGCCGCGGACAGCGCCGCCAACGACGCCUUCUGCCGCCGCAUCGCGCGCCACUGCGACGCCAUCGUCGUGGCCGUCGGGUACCGGCUCGCGCCGGAGAACAGGUACCCCGCGGCCUUCGAGGACGGCGUCACGGUGCUGCGAUGGAUCGCCAAGCAGGCCAACCUUGCCGCUUGUGGACGGAUGAUGGCCAAGGGCGCGGGUACCUGCGGGACCGACUCGUUUGGUGCGGCCAUGGUCGAACCGUGGCUUGCCGCGCACGCCGAUCCAUCCAGGUGUGUUCUACUUGGUGUCAGUUGUGGAGCCAACAUUGCUGACUAUGUGGCCAGAAAAGCGGUUGAGGCUGGGAAAUUCCUAGAUCCUGUGAAGGUUGUUGCACAGGUUUUGAUGUAUCCUUUCUUCAUGGGAAGCAGUCCCACUCAAUCGGAACUGAAGUUAGCAAACUCCUACUUUUAUGACAAGUCAACAUGUUUAUUGGCCUGGAAACUGUUCUUGCCUGAAGAUGAAUUCUGCCUGGAUCAUCCAGCUGCGAACCCUCUCUUACCUGGAAGGGGCCCCCCUUUGAAGCUUAUGCCUCCAACCUUGACAAUUGUCGCUGAGCUAGAUUGGAUGAAGGACCGUGCUAUUGCUUACUCAGAGGAGCUCCGCAAGGUGAAUGUGGAUGCACCUGUUCUUGAAUAUAAGGAUGCGGUCCAUGAGUUUGCCACGCUAGAUGGCUUGCUGAAGACACCUGAGGCCCAAGCUUGCGCUGAAGAUAUAGCUAUCUGGGUUAAGAAGUACAUAUCACUGCGUGGCCAUGAAUUUUCAUAUUGACCAUGUUGGCUUGCUUCAAUGGUUAACCUGAGAUGCUCGCCUACAUUGUCAGGCUGUCCACAGCACCAUGUUCCUCCUCCAAAGUCACGCCUGUGAACCAUUUAAUGUGGGGACGGAGAGUACAUUUGCCGACUAGAUGGGGGCUGAGAGAAGAGAGAAUUGCUCAUCUGUGAUGUUAGCUGGUUAUUUUCGAGGCAGUUUUAAUCUGCUGGGGUCAAGCCUCUGAGCGUGUAAAUCUAGAGCAGAUCUGAUAUUGUACAUUUCCUGGUUCUAAUGGCAUCGGAAGUUUUCAUAUACAGA